AGAAGAAGAAACGAGAAGUAAACAAACCAGAUAUCCUAAUAAAUUUUGAUUUCUUUUUAAUGCCCAAACAAUGCAAGUAAAUCCAAAACACAACACAGAAGCUCACAGACAAGCCGAGCAGGAUGCCAACAAGGCGCGAAUCACCCAAAUUGAGGAGUUCAUCAACGAGGUGCUGAAAGAGGAUCUCAGAGAGCUGGAAAAGUGCAUCGGGCAGUACAACGAGGAGAUCAUGGAGUACGUCCAGCUGAAGAACACCCUCCAGACCUUCGACACCCACCUACCAGAUGGCUACAAAACGCAAGUCAACAUCGGCAGCAACGUAUUCAUGCAGGCUCGCGUUCGGAAAAUGGAUAGCAUUCUGGUCGAUGUGGGCAAGAAUGUGUUCCUCGAUAUGAGCAUUCCAGAUGCGGAACGCUUCUGCGACACACGCGUAAAGAUCUUGACCAAGCAAUCCGAUGUCCUGCGCGACGAAAGCGUCAAGAAAAGGGCUCAAAUCAAAAUGGCCCUCAUAGCAAUCAGCGAAAGAACCAAACUUAUUCAACAGGAUGAAAGCAAAUAGCUUCGCUGCGUCCACAGAAGCUGAAAGCAUCUGUAUCCUUGUUCGUAUCAGUAGUGAUCACAUUAUUACCAAGAUUACACAAGCACUUAGUUUUUAUUUUAUACCACAAUUUACAAAGACAAUUUACAAGUUACGCGCCUCCAAAGUGUUGAUGGCAUAGAGAUUUUGGGUGAGAACGAUUUUUAAAUGGAAGGAGGAGUUGCAUGCAAAUCCUGGCGACUCCUACGACUGAUCCUGUGACGAUCGAGUACGCCGCAAUAUGGAUUGGGCCACCGGUUGCCCAAUUCCAGCCGGACUUCCUGAGAUCAAGGAGUUGCAGUACUGAUCGUUCAUAGUCUGAUUCUGGUUAAAAAUCCGCUGCGAGGUGCUGGUCAAGUUCUGCAAUCGCCUGGCCAUCUGCGGAAGUCACCAAUAGACACCAGUUAGACAAUAAAGUUAGAAAGUAUUAUUUU